UACAAUGUACACCGCCCUCCACAUGCUCAGCUGUUUAUUGAUACCCACACUAACAGUGGCGAUUUCGCAAGUUCCAGAAGAGAUCCGGAUGGAUUGGGUCAGUACCGCUGAACCCUUUCGGAUAGAUUGCGAAUGUGAAAGUGGGAUAGCGCCGGAUUUGUCACAGCGGGUUCUGUCAUUAGCUGAAUUUCCGAACGACUCUUGUCUUAAGUCUUACAUGUUCUGCAUCGGUACGAAACUAAACCUGAUCAACACAGCGACGUACGAAGUCAGCGUAAAAGAGUACGUACGUCGCGUGGCAGGAGUCUACGAUAUGAUCGCCACCAAAUGCGUUAAUGCGACAUGUGGCCUCAAAGAUCCGUGCGAAAAGAUUUACCAAAUGAGUCUUUGUAUCGUAUUUUCCUUAGUACAACCUCCUAUUUCCAUUUCUUGAGGCGCUUCUACUAAUCAUCUUUUCUAGUAGUGUAGAUAUGUUCUAUUUGGUGUCGCGGUAAAAGCACUAGUAAUGAUCAAAUAAUGCUUGGAACCGUUUCAGGCGGAUAUGCCACAACUGUAUAGCGUAAGACUAUUUAAUAGCAACUUAAAAUGUGUCUGCGUGGGGUUGGCACCGGAACCGAAAAUAAUCGGUACUGAACCCAAUUUUAUUACAUUUAUAAACAAGGAUUUGAAUUUUUGAAUUUCCGGAUGUCUGCCAUUUUGUAACGGUAAGUUUGAAUUUGUGCGAGAGAUUUGAAUUUUUGACUUUGCUGAUGCUCGUCAUUUUGCACCGGUUUGAAUUAUUGAAUUUCCGAUUGUGGCGCCGCAUAGUGGGAAUUUGUUGACUUUACCAAAAUCGUUAUAGUAUAGUUUUCUGUAAUUAGCAUCUAGUGACUGAUUCAUGAAAUAGUUUCGUGGUGGUAAAUUGAAAGAUAAAUGUAUAGAGUUGCCAAAGAUGUAAAACUACAGCGCACAACUAUACGCAACAGUCAUAAUGGCACUAAUCUGCCAGCCAUUCAUUUUUGCUGAGGGCAUUCUGAGGCUGGUAAACGUUAUAUUCCAGGGGGCUCGCCCCGAAGGUAUUGUUACAAUUGUUAUUACUUAGACUCCUUUUUUAAAUAAACAAGUUACAUAAUAUCCGUCGUACAUAAAAUAGCAAGUGAUCUGUGUUGUUGUGCGAGGAUUUUGAAAAUGGGUGCUGAUCAAGGUGUGUAUUUCAAUUAUGCGUUUUUUAUACGACCCAUAGAUUGCUUAGACCUUUCACUACCACCUAAUAGA